AUGUCUCCUGCUAGUGCCUUUAACACCAAUCUUUCAACACCAGAACCAGUAGCAACUGUAUCUAAUGGUACUAAUGAUGAGAAAAGGAAUGAAAAACAAAAUGAACACAAUAAAGACGUCUGUGAAGAAGAUAAAGAAGAGAUUGGGAGUGGAGAUGAAUUUUCGGACGAGGAAUCAGAAGCACAGCCUGGUAAUAAAUCAAUGCCUGGUAGAGGUGUUACUUUACAAAUGCUUUUAGAAGAAAAGAUGUUGGUCCCUGGUAUAGCUGCAAUGACAAUUGAAUACUUGGGACAGAAAUUUGUAGGAGAUCUGCAACAAGAUGGGAAAAUAAAAUCUCAUGAAACUGAAACCAUUUUUUGUUCUCCUUCUGCCUGGGCCAUACACUGCAAACGGAUAAUUAAUCCAGACAAGAGAUCAGGCUGUGGUUGGGCAUCAGUAAAGUACAGAGGCAAAAAACUAGAUACUAUCAAAGCUACAUACCUUCGAAGGAAACAGUUACAAAGAGAAAACAUGCACUCUGAUGAUGAGAAUGAAAUGGAAGUUGAAAAUCCUCCAGAGCCUCCACCACAAAGAACUGUGAUGAAACACAACACAGUACCAAAUAGGAUGAUGCAACAUGAUGCAAACAUGUUGAUUGAGGCAGUAUCUUUUUCUUCUGCUGGCAAAGUACAGCCUUUUUUGGUUUCAGUUAGUUCUAACGCUUCGCUUGUCCUUGAUCUUCAUUGUCAUCUUAAAAAAGAAGAGGUCCAUGGUUAUUUGGCGGGAUCAUGGGAUUUGAAUAGUCACACUGUGAUGAUAACUCAUACAUUUCCAUGUUUGAAGAGUAAAAAUGACCCUAGACCUAAGGUGUUGGUGGAAAUGGAAAUACAGAUGGAGAUAGAAAAGCUGGGAGUGACUCUACUGGGAUGGUAUCAUUCUCAUCCAACAAAUCCUGCUAUGCCAAGUUUGAGAGAUUGUGACAAUCAACUUGAAUAUCAAAUUAAAAUGAGAGGACCAUCAGAAAUAUCUUAUGUUCCAUGUAUUGGCAUAAUAUGCUCUCCAUAUAACCCUGAGAGUCCAGUUUUGGAAUCUUCUUUGACAUUUUUUUGGGUGAUGCCACCACCUGAACAGAGACCCACAGAAUAUCCGAGGCCUCUGUUACUUCAAUAUAACAUGGUUUACGACAGCCAUUUAUCGACACAUGCAAUCGAACAGAUUAAGAAAACUAUAAAAUAUUACUACAAUUAUGCAGAUGAAACAUUUGUUAACUUUAAAGAUAACUACAAACCUGAUAUUGCAUACUUAGACAAAUUGAAAUCUACUUUGACACCUAAAUUCCCAAGAGAGCAGAGUGAUGGCUUGUUGUGGCACUUUAUCCGUGAUGAAUUAGGCUGUUCGUCUGAACAAGACGAAAAGAUUGACUUGGAUGCUCUGUUAGCUGUCCCACAACCAAUACCGCCGCCUAAGACAGCCCAACCUACAUCAAUUCCUAAUUUCCCCUCAUUAUUACUGCAAGUAAUGGCAACAACCCCAGGGUUCAAAGACUUAGAAGAAGACAGCGAUCAAUCAGACUCCGAUUUUCAACCACUCUACGAUGACACCGAUGAAUUAGACCAGAGGACAGCGCAAGAAACGAAAGGAUGGAACUUGUUCCGAGAAAUACCCGUAAAGAAAGAAAGCGGGUCGAUGGCGUCUACGGAAUGGAUCGACACAAGCAUGAAGAUUUUAAAGGUUCUUGCCUAUAUUUUGACCUUUGGGGCAGUUUUGGGCUCAGCGGUCAUAGCAAAAGGAACUCUGCUAUUUAUAACUUCUCAGUUAAAGAAGGGACGCUAUGUCUUCCAUUGUAAUAAAGCUUUAGCAUUAGAUAAACAAUUCUUAACAGUUCUUCCAUUAGAAGAACGCGUAACAUGGCUUUGGGCUUCACUGAUUAUAUUUGGUGUUCCGGAACUAGGAACUUUCUUUAGAUCCUUAAGAAUUUGUUUCUUCAAAACCGCUAAAGUGCCAAGCAGAUUACAGUUUUUCAUGGCCUUCUUGGUCGAGACCUUGCAUACUGCUGGUGUUGCGAUUUUAAUGCUCAUUAUACUUCCCGAACUGGAUGUUGUUAAAGGUGCCAUGUUAAUGAACUCCUUGUGCAUUAUUCCUGGAAUACUCAAUGCGGUAACUAGGCAGGGUAGCGAAAGCCAUUACGUGAUAAAAAUUAUUUUCGACGUACUUUCGAUAUCAGCACAAACAACUGCAUUCGUCGUUUGGCCGCUUCUAGACGGUGCACCGAUUUUAUGGACUAUACCAGUGUCUUGUAUCUUUGUGUCACUUGGAUGGUGGGAAAAUUAUGUCGAAAUAACAGAUAAAAACACAUCUGUUAUAUUAUACUAUUUGAGCGAAUUAAGAUUGGCACUUAAGAAAACCAGAUACUACACGCAGAGAGUACUUUCAAUUUGGAAAAUUUGCGUGUUCUUAGUUUGCAUUAUCAUUUCAUUACAUAUUCAAAACGAUGAUCCUUUUGCAAUCUUUAAUUCUGUCAACACUGCUUUCGGUGCCCGCAACUACAGUGUCUAUGAACUUCAAUUAGUGAUUGACGAUGCGCUAGACGGUCAAUUGGGCUUCAAUCUAACGGAACCCGCGUUCAUUUUGCCAGCGAGGUGGACGUCGCCGCUGUGGGUUGCGCUUAUCCAAGUGGCAGCGGCGUAUUUCUGUUUUACAAGCGCAAAGUUCGCUUGCAAGAUUCUCAUCCAAAAUGUCAGCUUCACCUUCGCGCUGGGCCUCGUCGGACCGGUUCUGAUCAAUCUGCUGAUCGUGUUCUGCGGAAUGAGGAACGCUGAUCCCUGCGCGUUUCACGGAACGAUACCGGAUUAUUUGUUCUUCGAAAUCCCACCAGUUUACUUAUUAAAGGAUUAUAUCCGAAACGAAAUGGUAUGGAUUUGGCUGUUGUGGUUAGCAUCCCAGGCGUGGAUAACCAUGCACACAUGGAUGCCACAUUGUGAACGCCUCGCUGCUACUGAUAAGUUGUUUGCAAAACCUUGGUAUCUCGGGCCUCUUAUUGACCAGUCGUUGUUAUUAAAUCGCACCAAAGACAAUGAAUAUGAUAUACAUCUUGAGGACUUGAAGGAUCUACAAGACGAGGAUGCGGUAUCCCGUGUCAGUUAUGACGAAGUGGCGAAAGACAUAAAACCUUCGGAUAGUGUAACAAGGAUUUACGUUUGUGCAACUAUGUGGCACGAAACGAAGGACGAGAUGAUUGAAUUUCUAAAGUCUAUAUUCCGUCUGGACGAAGACCAAAGCGCACGCAGAGUUGCCCAGAAAUACCUGGGAAUAGUAGACCCGGACUAUUAUGAGUUAGAGUGUCACAUCUUCAUGGACGAUGCCUUUGAAGUGUCGGAUCACAGUACAGAGGACUCCCAAGUUAAUCGUUUCGUGAAAUGCCUUGUGGAAGUCAUUGACGAAGCGGCUUCCGAAGUUCACUUGACCAAUGUCCGACUAAGACCACCGAAGAAGUACCCAACGCCUUAUGGUGGCAAGUUAGUUUGGACUCUGCCGGGUAAGAACAAAAUGAUUUGUCAUUUGAAGGACAAAUCGAAGAUUCGACACAGAAAGCGAUGGUCGCAGGUUAUGUACAUGUACUACUUCUUGGGUCACCGUUUAAUGGAUUUGCCACUAUCAGUUGACCGGAAGGAAGUAUUAGCAGAAAACACUUACCUCCUAGCCUUAGAUGGAGACAUUGACUUUAAACCCUCUGCUGUGACUCUGCUUAUUGAUCUGAUGAAGAAGGACAAAAACCUGGGCGCUGCAUGUGGGCGGAUUCAUCCUGUAGGAUCUGGUUUUAUGGCAUGGUACCAAAUGUUCGAAUACGCUAUCGGUCAUUGGCUGCAAAAAGCUACGGAACACAUGAUCGGUUGUGUACUAUGUAGUCCGGGAUGUUUUUCGCUGUUCAGAGGGAAGGCUCUGAUGGACGAUAACGUUAUGAGAAAAUACACGCUGACGUCAAACGAAGCUCGUCACUACGUACAGUACGAUCAAGGAGAAGAUCGAUGGUUAUGCACGUUGUUGUUACAACGCGGAUAUCGAGUAGAAUAUUCUGCAGCGUCGGAUGCCUUCACCCAUUGCCCGGAGCGUUUCGAUGAAUUCUUUAACCAGCGCCGCCGUUGGGUGCCGUCUACUAUAGCUAAUAUUUUCGACUUAUUAGCCGACUCUAAACGUACUGUUCAAGUCAAUGAUAACAUCUCCACGCUUUACAUUGUCUACCAGACGCUGCUAAUGAUGGGCACUAUAUUAGGGCCCGGCACGAUUUUCCUUAUGAUGGUCGGUGCAAUGAACGCUAUAACUGGAAUGAGUAUUAUGAAUGCCCUCUUAUUAAAUCUCAUUCCGGUGCUUAUAUUCCUCUUCGUUUGCAUGACAUGCAAGUCAGAAAUACAGUUAAUGUUUGCUAACGCAAUUACUUGCGCAUACGCAAUGAUAAUGAUGAUGGUGAUUGUGGGGAUAGCACUUCAAAUCGUUGAAGACGGUUGGCUGGCCCCCUCCAGUAUUUUCACCAUAGUAACGUUCGGUAUAUUCUUCGCAACAGCAGCGUUACACCCGCAGGAAAUUGUGUGUCUGCUAUAUUUGGGUGUGUACUACAUCACGAUACCGAGCAUGUACAUGUUGCUGAUUAUAUACUCACUAUGUAAUUUGAACAAUGUCUCGUGGGGCACCCGUGAAGUAGCGCAGAAGAAAACACUUAAGGAAUUAGAAAUGGAGAAAAAAGUUGCAGAAGAAGCAAAGAAGAAGAUGGAUAAUCAAAGUAUUAUGAAGUGGUUCGGUAAGUCGGAAGACACCAGCGGCUCAGUAGAGUGCAGCUUGUCGGGCCUGUUUAGGUGUAUCUGCUGCACUAACCCCAAAGACCACAAGGAUGAUCUACACUUGCUUCAAAUAUCCAAUUCAUUGGAGAAGAUCGAAAAGCGAUUGGAAUCAUUGGGUGCUCCACCAGAGUUAGAGACAGCUCCAAGAAGACGCUCCUCAAUGCCGUUGCGUAGUGACACACUGUCAAUGCUCCCCGAAUACGAAGAUAGCGAUGAUUCCGCAGACAUACCAAGGGAAGAAAGAGAUGACUUGAUUAAUCCUUAUUGGAUAGAGGAUCCUAAUUUGCAAAAAGGAGAAGUAGACUUCUUGACGACGGCUGAAACCGAGUUUUGGAAGGACCUUAUCGAUGCUUACUUAAGACCCAUCGAUGAAAACAAGGAAGAGCAGGAACGCAUUAAAACGGAUUUAAAGAAUCUGCGCGAUAAUAUGGUGUUCGCUUUCGUGAUGCUCAAUUCUCUGUUUGUGUUAGUCAUCUUCUUGCUACAGUUGAAUCAAGAUCAACUACAUUUCAAAUGGCCUUUGGGCCAAAAAGUUGCAAUUAUCUACGACAACGAAAACAAUAUGGUAAUUCUAGAACAGGAGUACUUGAUGUUGGAACCAAUCGGUUCACUUUUCCUCAUUUUCUUUGGUACCGUGAUGGUUGUGCAGUUCGUUGCUAUGAUUUUCCACCGUCUUGGCACUCUCACACAUUUAUUGUCGACUGUACAACUUAAUUGGUAUUUCACUAAGAAGCCGGACGAGAUGACCGAGCAGGCGAUGAUAGACAAACAAGCGAUAGAAAUAGCGAAGGACCUCCAAAAGUUGAACGUGGACGACUUGGAGAGACGGGGCGUGGACGACGCAAACGUGUCGCGGCGUCGCACUGUACACAAUUUGGAGCGCGCCCGUGACAACAAGCAGCAUGUCAUCAACUUAGACGCGAACUUCAAGAGAAGAUUGACACUACUACAGAACGCCGACCCCGAUAUGAUAGCACGAUUGCCUUCGCUGCGUGGCAGCGUGUGCGCGCGACGGGCCACUCUCCGCGCCCUGCAAUCGCGUCGCGAAUCGCUCACAGCGGAGCGACGCCGAUCUCAGAUGCCGCGCGACUCUAUCUAUUUGUACGACGAGCCGAAGACCACGUUGAGUGAUUUGGCGGGAAGGCCUUCGAUGUCGGGCGCGUACGUGAAUAAGGGUUACGAGCCCGCUUUGAACAGCGACGAUGACGAGAGCCCUUUGCCAAGGCGGAGCACCGUGCGCUUCCGGGAGAAUGAGCUGGAGAUUGUCGGCGAAGUGACAGGUCACCAUGGCCCCGUGUCGGGCGGCGGCGAGCGGCAGUUAGUGCGCGGCGACUCCAGCGACCGCACCGCGCGCACGAUGCGCAUCGACAACUUGCAAACGCGAGUGCCCUCUACCCCCUGGAACACUGUGAAG